AUCUACCAACCUUGACAAGUAACUGCAUGUGGAUAAAUAGGUUAUGUGAUUGUGAAUUUGCAAAAUAUUCAAGUUUUAAAAUUGAGCACUGUAAACAAUUCUAACAGAAAUUGAGUGGAUUAUCCUAGAAUAAUAGAACUUUACAAUGAAGAAAACAAUGCUAUAGCAAAAAGACGGUAUUUAUUUACUGCCAAAGUUUUAAUUGAUUUGUUAAAACAAUAAGUUAAAAAACAAAUCAUGAGUACAGAAGAACAUCAAAAUGGCAAUGUAACAGAAAAUGAUGAAACCGAAAAUCUUUUACUUGAACUGGCAAAAGCAAAUGAAGAAGGUAUAUCGAAUGAAGACAUAAAAAAACAUAUGCCUGACAUACCACUUACAGAAAUUACAGUAAUCAUUAAUAAAUGUUUGAGAAAUGGAACUUUCGAGUUGUUUAAAACUAAAGAUAAUCUUCUAUACAAAUACAAGGAUCCAACAAAAAAAACAACUGUGAAAGGAGCAGAUAGUGAAGAAAAAGUAGUGUAUAAAAUAAUUGAAGAAGCGGGAAAUAAAGGGAUUUGGAUAAGGGAUAUUAGAUAUUCUUCUAAUUUAAAUAUGACCCAAUUGAAUAAAGUAUUAAAAAGUUUAGAAACAAAAAAACUUAUAAAGUCUGUAAAAUCUGUAUCGGCUAGCAAAAAGAAAGUUUACAUGUUAUAUGAUUUGGAACCAGAUAGUACUGUAACAGGUGGCGCCUGGUAUCAAGAUCAAGACUUUGAAUCUGAAUUUGUAGAUGUUUUAAGCCAACAGUGUCAUAGAUUUUUAGUUGAAAAAUUGGAAGAAUCUACUAAAACCUCUGAAGGUCCUCUUUUAAUAAGGAAUCGUAGUUAUGCUACUGCAAGUGAUGUUCAUAAAUUUAUUUCAGAAUUGGGAAUUAGUAAAAUUUCACUUUCUAUAGAUGACAUAGAAAGCAUUUUGUAUACUGUAGUUUUGGAUAACAAUGCUGAAAGAAUUGUAGCUGCAAAUGGUUCUUAUCUAUACAAAGCUACUAAUAGGUUCUUAAAUUCUCCUGGUAUUGUCAAAACUACAUGUGGUGUGUGUCCAGUUGCUCAUAGAUGUGCUGAUACAGGUCUAAUUAAUCCUAAAGCUUGUACUUAUCUCACAGAUUGGUUGGAUCAAUAAAUAUUCAACAUUU